AUGAUUGAAAACCAUCGCCUCCUACAAGCAAACUUGAAUCACUCCGCCAGGGCACAGGACUUAUUACUCCAAACCCUGGCGGAGUGGAAUAUAGACCUGGCAGUUGCGGCCGAACCGUACCGUGUCCCCGCGAAAUCCAACUGGAUCGGCGAUGCGGACGGUUCGGUCGCAAUCAUUGGAAGAGGCACGGCAGAUGCCAUCCCCCUGACCUUAAUAGGCAGGGGAGGCGGCUACGUGGCCGCACAAUGGGGGGAAAUUGCCGUGGUGGGGGUAUAUUUUUCGCCUAACCGCGACCAGGCCGAAUUCCGGGCAUACCUGGACCGGGUGGCGACAGCUAUACGUCGCCAGCUACCCGGUCCAGUGUUAGUAGCGGGGGACCUCAAUGCCAAGUCGGCGGAAUGGGGUUCCCCCGUGACCGACGCCCGCGGCCUGGACCUCGCGGAAUGGGGGAAUGAGCUGGGCCUCGUAAUUCUCAAUAGAGGCUCAGCUCACACCUGCGUGCGGCACAACGGCGGGUCGAUCGUCGAUAUUACAUUCGGCAGCCCGCCGGUCGCACGCAUGGUCAGCGGCUGGAGGGUCAUGGAGGGGUCGGAGACGUUAUCGGACCACCGAUAUAUACGGUGGAAUAUCUCCGACCCGGCCCUGGGACACCAGCCGCUCCCCCUGGACGUGGAGGCGCAACCCCACCCCCCCGCUGGGCACUCAAACGCCUAG